AUGGAGUUGCCUCCCGGGUUUGGUGCUAAAGGAAGCUCUCAAGUUUGUCGUUUAACCAAAUCCCUUUAUGGUCUUAAACAAGCUUCCCGGCAGUGGUUUUCCAAGUUUUCAAACACUUUGCUUAAGCUUGGUUUUAUUCAAUCUAGGAGUGAUUAUAGUUUGUUCACUCGGUUGCAAGGUUCUUCAUUCAUAGCCUUAUUAGUGUAUGUGGAUGACAUUGUGCUUGCAGGGAAUGAUUCUGAGGCUCUAUCCACUUUUACUCUACUUCUUAAUCAGCAAUUCCAACUUAAAGACUUAGGUGAUUUGAAGUUCUUCUUAGGAUUGGAAAUUGCUCGAAAUUCCACUGGAAUUUCUCUCUGCCAACGCAAGUAUGCCCUUGAGAUCCUAGAGGAUUCUGGUUUACUUGCUUGCAAACCUUCGAAGUUGCCUAUGGAUCCUAAUCUUCGUCUUUCACAGCAUGAAGGUUUGCUGCUGGCUGAUCCUACUCCUUUUCGAAGAUUGGUUGGCCGCCUCUUAUACCUCUCCCUUACUAGACCUGAUCUGGUUUACUCCAUUCAGGUUCUCAGUCAAUUUAUGUCUCAGCCGAGACAACCCCACCUUGAUGCUGCCCACAAGGUUCUUCAUUACAUCAAAUCUGCUCCAAGUCAAGGUCUAUUUUUCCCUGCCAACUCAGACUUCAAGCUCAAGGCCUUUUGUGAUGCAGAUUGGGCUGCUUGUCCUGACACCAGGAAAUCUGUCACUGGGUUUUGUCUAUUUCUUGGUGACUCCUUAAUUUCUUGGAAGUCCAAGAAACAGCAAACCAUCUCUCGGUCUUCAGCUGAGGCAGAGUAUAGAGCAAUGGCAGUUGCUUGUUGUGAGCUUAUGUGGAUUACUAAUUUGCUUCAAGACUUCCAAGUUUGUUUGCCUCCCUCGGCUUUAUUGUUUUGUGAUUCUAAGGCUGCUCUUCAUAUUGCUGCUAAUCCGGUCUUCCAUGAGAGAACCAAACACAUUGAUAUAGAUUGCCAUUUGGUUCGAGAUCAUAUUCAAAAAGGGGCUGUUCGGACUUUACAUGUUCAAUCUGAGCAUCAAUUAGCAGAUAUUUUUACUAAACCCCUUAGUCUUCAGCCUUUCACUGCUAUUACUUCCAAGAUGAAUCUUCUCAACAUUUUUGCAGCUUCAUCUUGA